AUAAAUGCCAAUAAACGCAACGAGCGCGUCCACCGCGCUGGGUCGAUAUGAUCGCACAAUCAGUCGCAAGCGUUCAUCCGAUACGAAAUGUCCAGAUACUUCGUGGGACAUAUGUUGCUCGUAACAGUCCUGUUUAGCAUCGCCCCACAGGAACUGGUAGCGAGAAACCUCGCCUGCACCGAUAAACCAGAAGCUUUCUGGCAGCAUGAACCCGAAUCAUGGUGCCUGAUCGAAAAUAUCGACCUGGAGGAAUCGUCCGAGGAUAUUAAUUUUCCCGAGCAACCGAAAAUCUACUUACGCAACUUUAAUGUGUCCUAUCUGUCACCUACCUUGCUGUUUAAGAUGAAAAGUGUACAGCAUCUGACGGUAGAAUCCUGCUCAAUGACAAAAUUGUUCAUGAAACCAUCGCUCAGCAGCAUGGAGAUAAAAAAUAGUAACAUUUUCGAGGUGAUUAUCGACAAAGACAGCAAUUACGAGCUGCUGAAUUUCAGCCUCGAAGGGAUCUACAGGAAAACCUUCCCGAACAACUUCAUCCGCCUGUUGAGCCUCGAAGAACUAUCGAUAAGACACAACGAUUUGGUCAGGUUCAACAUGAGACAGCUGAACGGUCUAGUCAAUCUAAAGGCACUGGACUUAAGCUACGACAUGCUCGAGCAGCUAAUCAUACCGGAAGUUUUAAAUCUGCCCAAUCUCAAAGAUCUUUCAUUAGCGGAAAACAAACUUCAAAAGCUGCCCGCGCAUCUUCGCCGAUUGCGAACUCUGGAGACACUAAAUCUUCAAUCAAACCAAAUUGCAUUUCUGGAGAUGAGCCAUUUCAAUGGGCUCAAUCAUCUGAAAAAAUUGGUCCUUAGCGGCAAUCGACUACAAAUAAGCACCCUGGAACCAGUUUCUUUACCGUACCUAGAAAAAUUAGAACUAAUAGGUUGCGGAUUGAAGGAACUGGACAUGCUCUACUGGAAGCUGCCAGCCCUGCGGUAUCUGAACGUUUUCGAAAACAGUCUGGUGUCGAUAAUGAACUUCCCGGAAAGUUUCACCAAAGAGCUCGUCUUUGUGCCCGUGGGAAAUCGUUGGAGUUGCCAGACACUGGAAGCCAUCAGCAGCAAGGUGACUAUCAAGGUGAAGGAACGGGACCACUACUGCGAACACAAGGUGGCCGAUAUUUGCUGCAACGGUGGCAACAUUGAUUUCAAUCUGGUGGAUACCCUGGACCGGAAAGUGCAACUAUUAAAGUUCCAAAAUUCGAUUCUCUACGAGAAGCUGGAGGAAACCAACGACAAACUGGAGAAGGUGAUCGGCGUGGUAGACCAGCGUGUCGUGAGAAAAUAGCUAGCUGUAAGCCAGUGUGACCAAUUUGAUGAAUAAAAUAUACAGUGCAAA